AUUUUUUAAAAAUGCAAAAAUAUUAAAAUACCAUUCAAACCAAAUUCUGUACAUACAGAACUAGUAUCAAUCCUCAUUUGCAAGCUCUGAGUUUUCAAGAGUGAUGGCGCCACUGGGUUCUACACGAGGUGACACAGACCAGGUCCUCAUAGACAAGAACUUGUUUGUGAGAACAUUAGUAUUAAACAGGCCUAGACAAUUGAAUGCCCUCUCCUCUCAAAUGAUCUCUAAGCUCUUGGAACUUUUUCUAGCCUACGAGGAGGAUAGUAAUGUCAAGUUGGUAAUCAUGAAGGGGAAUGGAAGAGCAUUUUGUUCUGGCGGUGAUGUUGCAGCUGUGGUUCAUGAUAUUAAUAGAGGUAAUUGGAAAAUAGGUGCAAAAUUUUUCUGGGAAGAAUAUAUCCUAAACUAUGUUAUGGCAACAUACAGUAAACCCCAGGUUUCGAUUCUUAAUGGAAUUGUUAUGGGAGGUGGUGCUGGUGCUUCAGUGCAUGGUAGAUUUCGCAUUGCAACGGAGAAUUCGGUUUUUGCAAUGCCAGAAACAGCUUUAGGACUCUUCCCUGAUGUAGGCGCAUCUUAUUUCUUAUCAAGAUUUCCUGGUUUCUUUGGAGAAUAUGUUGGUCUGACAGGUGCAAGGUUGGAUGGUGCUGAAAUGCUUGCAUGCGGCCUUGCAACUCAUUUUGUCCCUUCAGCAAGAUUGUCUUCAUUAGAAGCAGCACUUCACAAGUUAGAUUCAAGUGAUCCAGCCAUUAUUUCUGCAGUGAUUGAUGAAUAUUCGCUGCAACCUUAUUUGAAAGACAAGAGUACGUACCACAGGUUGGAUAUUAUCAAUAGGUGCUUUUCUCGGAGAACAAUUGAGGAAAUUUUGUCUGCUCUUGAGAGGGAAGCUGUAAAAAGCGCUGAUGACUGGAUCUCUUCAACAAUUCAGUCUUUGCAGAAGGCUUCCCCAACAAGUCUUAAAAUCUCACUGAGAUCGAUUAGAGAAGGAAGGGUCCAAGGUGUGGGUCAAUGUCUCAUCCGUGAGUACAGAAUGGUUUGUCAUGUCAUGCGAGGAGAAGUCAGCAAGGAUUUCGUGGAGGGUUGCAGGGCUAUAUUGUUCGAUAAGGAUAAAAACCCCAAGUGGGAGCCUUCCAGAUUGGAUCAGCUCAAUGACAGUAUGAUAGAUCAAUACUUCUCCAGGGUAGAUGACGAAGAAUGGGAAGAUUUAAAGCUCCCUGCUAGAUCCUCCUACACAGCAUCUGCAUUAGCAAAGCUUUAGGAUCUAAGUAAAGGGUGCCUGCAUUCUACAAGAGAGCACAUCUAUAGUGGUAAUUGUUGUUGGGUAUUUCAUUUUAGCCAUGGAGUAUGGCUAAAGACUGCUAUAUUUCACUGUAUCAGGGUCAUAAAACUGGCUAUAUUGUCAACUUGCUAAGCACAAUAAGAUAGGCCGGCAUGUACCAAAAUGAAUAAAGAAUUUAGAAAAUAAAAUGAAAUAACAAAUUUCUUGUA